ACUCUGACCAACUCGAACCUUUGAGAACCUGCCUAACCAUGAAAAACCUUGAAGGAUCUGGCUUACCUGCAAAUCUCAUAAUGAAUAAAAGGGCAGCGAGCCUGGUCCCCACCAUAGCUCUAGAAAGGCCACGGGAACGCAAUGUAACCAGCCAACUCAAAAAUGUCCCCUGUGAGGCCUCCACAUCACGAACCCCGAUAUCCAUAGAGAAACUGACCCAUUCGCUACAGCAGCGGAU